AUCCCGUUUAUCGGUCUGGCAACGAGCAUCCCAUGGGCCCAAAACCCAAUACCGAAAAUAUAAUUAUGUUACCAAUGCAGCGUUUUUCUUGAUAACUUUCACUUUUACGUGGUCCGCCAGUCCACAAUCCACAUAGCGGGGCGAACAGACAGGUACCUUGUAAAUUAAACUACAGAAGCAUCCAGUCUUGCAAUGUCUUAUGAAACAAUCGCCGACUUCAAUAAGUAGUUAAACGAUGUCUACAACGGGUGAAAUAGUCAGGCGAAUUGUGAUUGUGAUGUGCGUGUUGAUCAUCUUUUGCACCGAUUACUCGGGGAUGAUACAGAGGCUGCUUGGGGUUAACAAGACGGAGGAGACGAAUCUCAGGCCCACACCGACAAACCCUGGUUAUGGCGAUAGAAAAGCGCAGAUUUUCAUCGAUGCCGAUAUAGAGCCUGACUCUAUCAAAAAUAUAGGUACGCCAACUUCAAAAUCGCAAAUUCUACAAACAAUUAAGAAUGCAUGUUUGCCGAAAUUGAUAUGCGAGUUGAACGCUACGCCUGAGAAAGAUAAACUGAGCGAGACUGAAAAAUCCCUCCUGACAUUGCUUAGGGACACUUCUAUAACGACAAAAGCAGAACUUACUUCGAAGUAUCAUUUCGCCGCUCACAUGGGACAACUCAUAGCUGGAGUGGAGAGUAACGGUUGUCAUAACUUCUACCCAACCUGCCCAUUUCCAGGGUUACAAGUAUUACAAAUGAUGAAGAAGGUUAGGAUGAGAAUGACAUAAUGAUAGAUCUCAUUAUAUCACACUUGGAAGACUGCCACAUUGUAAUGUAACAGGAGGCCUCAUUUUUAUAUUGUACCACUUAUGAUGAAGCUCUAAGCAUCAUUUUUUUAUGUGAUAUUAGGUUAAGUUAUGGUCUAUAAUAUAGGCCAACAAUAAUCGAACGAAAUAUACCUGUAAUGAUGAUGAUUAAAUUGUACAUAUUUGA